AUGUCUUCAACAUCAACAUUAGCAUCGACACAACAAGCUGAAAUUGAAGAAACAAUAAAACGAAUACAAACUCAUAAAGGUGUUCAAGGUUUUAUUUUAACGAGUAAUGAUGGUAGUUUUGUUCGUUCAACAAUUGAUAAUUCAACAACAAUGUCAUUGACAAGUCUUAUUCGAACACUUUCUGAUAAAGCAAAAAGUUGUGUUAGAGAUUUAGAUCCACAAAAUGAUUUAACAUUUUUACGUAUUCGUACAAAAAAACAAGAAAUUCUUGUUGCACCUGAUAAAGAUUACCUGACAAUUGUUUUACAAGCGAAUGAACAAGCAUAA